ACGAAGGGUACAUCGUCAUUUGGUAAGCGACGAAAUAAGACACACACCUUGUGUCGUCGAUGUGGGUCCAAGGCAUACCACCUGCAGAAAUCUACCUGUGGGAAAUGUGGUUACCCUGCUAAGCGUAAGAGAAAGUAUAACUGGAGUGCAAAGGCUAAAAGACGCAACACCACUGGUACUGGUCGCAUGAGGCACCUGAAAAAGGUCUACCGUCGAUUCAGGAAUGGAUUCCGUGAGGGAACCACACCGAAGCCCAAGAGAGCAGCUGUUGCAGCCUCCAGUUCAUCAUAAAGAUUCAUCCAUUUGUUAAAAUAAAUGGUCUUACCCAGAAAAAUCUGUCACCUUUUAUACAUGUUUUACUUCAGUGAAAUGUAGGAUUCCUGAAAAUACAUAUAUUUACACACACAGUUUCUUGAUGGUAUGCAUUGAAACGAUUCAUUAAAAACAAUCCUCUAAUUGACU